AUGACAGAAGACGCCGUGCGACAGACGCCGCCCCGCGUCGUCGCAGUCUGCGGGAAAUCGCGGCGAAGGAACGGCGCGUUCUUUGCGCUUCUUGCAUUCUUCGUCGUCUUCUCCCCUUUCGCUUCUUCUGCUCGGCCCACACAGUCCGGCAAGCUCCUCCCGUACACAGGCGCCCCUUGGGGGAAGUCGACAGGCACAGACGACAGUCGCCGCGUUUUCGUCUCCCCAGCCUCUUUGCGCCCUAUUUUCUCAGCGCCGCUCGCUUCUCCUGGACCUUCUCAUGUGGGUCAACCGAAGGGAAUCGAGUUCGGGGCGUCGCCUGCCGCGCCUCGGAAUCCCUCACCUGCUAUCUCCGCUGUCUCUGCUCAUGGGCUAAGGAGACGGCGACCGCUCCUGCCGUUUUCCCACUUCCGUCGCUCUCUGGCCUUUCUCUCCGGUCCGAAUCUCUCGGCUUCUUCCUCGACGUCGUCUUGUUCCCCUUCGCGUUCGCGCCGAGCUCCGGCCGGUCCUCCCGAGGCUCUCGACAGCUUCCGGUGUCACCGCACCUCCCUGUCCGGCGUCGAGUCGCCAGAGCUCAGACAGUCCACUUUCUUGCGCCCGCCUUCCGCCCGUUCUUCUCUUUCUCCGGCCAGUCUGUCUUCAUUCUCGGUUUCUUCAUCUGCAGAUCAUGCCGGGGGUCUGCAAACUGCUCUUCACGCGGCGACCAGCGAGGCGAGAGUGGAGAACAGAGAGCGAGUUUCGCUGCCUCGCGUCGACGGAGACGGGACAGAAGGCGACAUUCUCGCCAAUUAUGUUCGGAAACAUGGGGGGAAGCGAGUUAUCCGCCGCGUACUCCUCGCGAACAACGGCAUGGCUGCCACCAAGUCGAUCUUCUCCAUGCGUCAGUGGGCGUACAUGGAACUCGGCGACGAGAAGCUCCUGGAGUUUGUCGUGAUGGCGACUCCGGAAGACAUGCGGGCGAAUCCCGAGUACAUUCGUCGUGCGGACAAGAUCGUGGAGGUUCCAGGCGGUCCGAACCGCAACAACUACGCGAACGUCGAUUUGAUUUGUCAAAUCGCUGCCCAGGAAAAGGUCGACGCGGUGUGGCCAGGGUGGGGGCACGCGUCGGAGAACCCAAACUUGCCUCGGCGGCUGCGGGAGCUAGGGAUUACUUUCAUCGGCCCCAGUGCCACGGUGAUGGCCGCGCUCGGAGACAAAAUUGCAGCCAACAUCCUCGCCCAGACUGCCGGCGUCCCGAGUAUCCCCUGGAGCGGCGACUCUCUCCAGGCGACACUCGACGACACCGGGGCAAUUCCUCGCGAAGUCUUCGAGCGCGCAACUGUGCAGAGCGCAGCAGACUGCGAGAAGGUGGCCGCUCGGAUUGGGUACCCGAUCAUGAUUAAGGCGAGUGAAGGCGGCGGCGGGAAGGGGAUUCGCAUGGUGGAUCGAAAGGAACAGCUCCGCGGGGCGUACGAGCAAGUCGUUGCCGAGGUGCCUGGGUCUCCGGUCUUCAUGAUGCAGCUCUGCACAGCUGCGCGGCACAUCGAAGUCCAGAUCUUGGGAGACGAGGACGGCCAGGCUGUUGCCCUCAGUGGCCGCGACUGCAGCACCCAAAGGCGUUUCCAAAAGAUAUUUGAAGAGGCGCCCCCCACGACCGUCGUACCCCCGCAUACGAUGAAAGAAAUGGAACGCGCAGCGCAGCGCCUGACGCAGUCGCUUGGGUACGUCGGCGCCGGCACCGUCGAGUAUCUGUACAAUAGAAAAGACAACAAAUUUUUCUUCCUCGAGUUGAAUCCGCGACUCCAAGUGGAACAUCCUGUGUCGGAGGGCAUCACGGGUGUCAACUUGCCGGCCGCCCAGCUGCAGGUUGCCAUGGGGAUCCCGCUGUGGAGAAUUCCGGAUAUUCGGAGAUUCUUUGGCCGCGAUCCGAACGCCGGGGACAGAAUCGACUUCAUGAAGGACGACUACCUCCCAAUCGAACGCCACGUUAUUGCUUCUCGCAUCACUGCGGAGAAUCCCGAUGAGGGUUUCAAGCCGACCAGCGGGCGCGUGGAUCGUCUCGAGUUCCAGCCUCUGGAAAACGUCUGGGGCUACUUUUCCGUCGGCGCGAGCGGCGGGGUCCAUGAAUACGCAGACUCGCAGUUCGGGCACAUCUUCGCCACGGGGAAGAACCGCGAAGAGGCGCGGAAGAAGCUGGUGCUCGGGUUGAAGCGCGUGGAUGUUCGCGGCGAGAUUCGCACGCCAAUUGAGUACUUGGUUGAACUUUUGGAGAACGAAGACUUCAUCGAAAAUCGCAUCGACACAUCCUGGCUCGACAAACUCAUCAAACAGAGAAAAAGCUUGGGCGAGAAGAAAGUCCGAAAGGCUCACGUGGUUCUUGCGGCAGUCCUGUUCCGAGCCAUCGGUGCGCUCAAGGAGAAAGAACAGCGCGUGUUGUCGGCGCUGCAACGCGGUCAGCGGUACAUCCACGACCUGGCGGCGCUCAACACGGUUUCGCAGGAGAUUGUGUACGAGGACCAGCGUUUCGCCUUCCAAGUUUCGCGCACAGGGCCCCAGCUGUAUCUGUUGAAGUUGAACGCUCAGGAGGUCGAGUGCCUGGUGCGCGAGCAGCCAGACGGAUCGUACAUUGUCUUGUUUCCCGGCGAGAAGUCUCACAAGUUCAACGGACGCGAAGAGCCCCUGGGGCUCCGGCUGCAAGUGGACGGAUCGACCGUGCUGCUCCCGAACGUCUUUGAUCCCUCCGAGCUCCGCUCCGACGUCACCGGCAAGGUCGUGCGCUACUUGGUGCCGGACAAGAGCCAGGUGAACAAGGGAGAGCCGUAUGUGGAAGUGGAGGCGAUGAAGAUGGUCAUGACUCUGACAGCCGGCGAAACGGGCGUGCUUUCCCACACAAAGAGCCCCGGCAGCGUGAUCAACACGGGGGACAUCCUAGGGACACUGGAGCUGGAAGACCCGAGCCGCGUCAAGAAGAUUGUCGACUUUGCGGGCGUUCUGGACCUGCCUGGCGCGAAGAAGCGCGCUGGCGAGGCAGAAGGCGAGGCCGAGCGGGAGAAAGAGAAGGGCCGGCAAGCUUUGUCCCUCUUUGGAAGCCCCGAGGAGGAGGCAGCGAUGCGGCUGAGACUCGCGAUGGAAGGGUACGAGCAGGACGUCGAACCGACUGUCCAGAAGCUCGCGUUCCCGUCCGGGAACGCAGAGAACCUGAAGGUGAAGAAGGAGAAACUCACGGAGCUGGUGGUUGAGCUCUUCCAGUCUUUCCUCGGCGUCGACGAAUACUUUGCGUCGCUCCAGGGAAGCGAGGCGGGCGUCGAAGGCCCCGCCGAAGGCGGCAAGGCCCAAGAUCCGGCGACGCUCCUCAAAAUGAAGCUGGCGCACAGCCACCUCCAGCCGAGAAUUCAACUUGUCCUUUCCCUGUUGAGGGCGCUGCAGAACUUCCCAAACUUCUUCCCGGACUGGACGAUGCCUGUAUCCCUGGAGCUCUGCUUGAAGCGCCUCUCGGCGCUGCACGGCCGCGCGUAUGGCCAGAUCGCCCUGGAGGCCAUGAGGCUUCUGCGCUCGUUCCGCGUUGCCCCGUUUGACCAGCGGGUGCAACGCCUGAAAGAGCAGCUGCUACAGAUUCCUGCUCUCUCUGCCUCGGCGUCUGAAGCGGAGCGUCGGGAAGCUGUGCGCCAGGCAGAGAGAAUUGCGCGAUCUUCCACAACUUCCGCUGGCAUCGACCUUCUUUCCCAUCUGUUUGGCGACGAGCAAGUCGGCCUGCGGGCGCUGGAAGUGGCUGUGCGACGCCACUACCGGGGGUUCCCGAUCUACGCGCUGCAUACAGAACUGUUUGAGGUGAAGACGCGGGAUGAACGUGGCGAAAAGACAAGGAAAGUUCCUGUCGCCCUGUGGAGUUUCCGACAAGGCGACCUGACUGGCGACGAGGCGCCGCUGCGCACGGGCGUCAUGGGGGCCUUUGAAAGUCUUCAGGAAGUGCAGGAAGUUGGCGACAGGCUGCUCGCGAGACUCCAGCAAUUCGACGCGGAGAAGAAGGGAACGGGAACGAAGGUCCGCAGAGAAGCCGAGGGCGAGAAAGGAGAGACAGACGCAGAAACGGAGCCAAGGAACGUGUGUCUCUUUGCCCUGACGACGCCGAUCAACGGCGUCGGGGCGGCCAACGCGGAGACCGAGGACAGGUCCAGUCCCAGCGGAGAAGAGAAACUGAAGACGCAAAUGGAGGGCAUUCUCCGCACUCUUCAACCUUCGCUGCGGAGUGCGGAUGUCCGUCUGGCUGCAGUCCACGUCCCCCAAGUCAAAAAAUCGUGUCGGAUGUUCAAUUUCCUGGCAUCGGAUGGAUUCAACGAGUGCCGGAUUCGGAGAGAUCUCUGUCCGACAGUCCCGUCGCUCAUUGAGCUGAAGAGUCUCCAAACGUCGUUUGAUUUGACCCGGCUAGAUGCGCUCGAUCCGAACACGCAGGCGUAUCUCGCCCUGCCGACAGUCGCGCCUCCCGCCCAGACCGGCGCGUCUCCGGCUUCGCCUGCUCCCGCAGCUGUGGCGGCGGCGCCUGCGAAGAAACGCCUGAGUCUCGCGCAGGCCCCGCAGAGCGUCUUUGUUCGUCGCUUGAUUUUCGAAAACGAAGUGAAGAGCGACCUGUCGGACCUUCCGCGGAUCCUCUUGGACCUCCUGGACGUCCUGGAUCGAUGCGCCAACGACCCGCGCGUCUCCGCCACGGCCUCCGGCCGCCUGUUCCUCCACAUUGUCUCGCCGCUGAACCUGACGUCGGCGAAGCACGUCACGGAGUACUUCCAGAAGGUCAUGAAGCGGUUCCGGAGCGAGCACAACGAGCGCCUCCUGCGGCUGCGCGUCGACCAGCUCGAGGUGAAAAUGCACCUUCGAAAGGGACAGGGCGACAAGGGACGAGGCAGCGACCGCGAAGGGCCCGACGCGGACGCGCACGAGAGGGAGAAGGAAGGUUUGCAAGUGCUCCGGCUGUCUGUCAGUUCCCACCAGGGCAGUUGGCUGCACACGAAAGUGGCGGAAGAUGUGCCGCACGUUCUGACCGGGGAUCCGAUCGCCCACCGGCGCUUCGUCUUCAGUGAGGACGGCGAGCGGGAAGCUGCAGCGGGGCCCGCAGAAAAGACGACGCACAAGUCGCUCGAGAGUGGGCCGGCGACAGGAGCGGGGGGGACGGCAGAGGCGGAGGGAAGAGAAGGCAAAGCGACUCCCGGGAGCAGAGAAGCAUCGGAGGCCGAAGAUCUCCCAACGCGCGUCUCGGUAGGCUUGAAAACUUUGCGCGGCAUCGAAACAGGCGCGUCGGCCGAAGGCGGAGAGAGGCCUGUCGCCUCGCCGUCGCUUUCGUCGGUUAACUGGGAAGAGGGCGACAGGAAGAAGCAGCAAGUCCUGUCCCUUUCGCCAGGUCAGAAGAACGAGUUCUUCCAACACGAGAGAAACGUCGAGCCGUACCCCGAGGUCGACCGCAUCGCCAUGGCGAGGUCGGCAGCCAGGCGCGCAGGCUCCACGUACAUCUUCGACUUCCUUGGGCUGUUGGAAAUCGCCCUGUUGCAAAGCUGGGAAGCCCAUCUGAAGGAGAAGGGAGGGAAGGAGGGCGGCGCUGGCGGCUGGGACGAAGCCGUGCCCCGAGAUCUCUUCAAGGCUGAGGCCUUCAGGUUAUCUCCCAAAGGCGAUCUGUACCUGGAUCCUGACUGGCGCGUGGCAGACAACAAGAUUGGGAUGGUGGGCUUUUUGGUUACUCUCAAGACACCCGAGUAUCCCGCGGGCCGCCAGCUGGUGUUGCUGGGCAACGACAUCACCUUCCAGGGCGGAUCGUUCGGGGUUCCCGAGCACCGCUUCUUCACCCGUGUGUCGCGAUUUUCCCGCGAACAGGGCUUGCCGCGAGUGUACAUUGCAUGCAACAGCGGCGCGCGCAUAGGUCUGUACGAGAAUCUGAAGGACAAGAUUAAAGUCGAGUGGAAGGACGCGAGCAAUCCGAGUCUCGGCUUCAAGUACCUCUAUCUCUCGGCAGAGGACUACGAGGCCUUGCCGAGCGGAGUCGUCAGCGGGCACUUUGAGGACAAUGGAAAGAGCGACAGCGGAGACGGAAGGCGCUUCGUCCUCGAUGCCAUCAUCGGUGACGCAGACAAAUUCAUCGGCGUCGAGAAUCUCCGCGGAUCUGGAACCAUCGCCGGGGAAACCAGUCGCGCCUACGACGAAACCUUCACCCUGAGCUACGUCACGGGGAGGUCAGUGGGGAUCGGAGCGUACAUUGUCCGCCUGGCGCAGCGAACCAUCCAGAUGGUGCGGGGACCGCUGCUGUUGACAGGGUACCAGGCACUCAACAAAUUGCUCGGCCGCGAAGUGUACGCCUCGCAGGACCAACUGGGUGGGCCGGAGGUGAUGUUCCGGAACGGCGUCUCCCACCUGGUGGUCCAGAACGACCAGGAAGGAAUGAAGGAAGUUCUCCGCUGGCUCUCCUACACGCCGAAAACUGCGCGCGACAGCGUCAACUCUGCGAACCUGUUUUCGGUCGACCCCGUGGAGCGGGACGUGGACUUCACGCCGACGAGGGCGCCCUACGAUGUUCGACACAUGCUCGCAGGGUACACGAAAGAAGACGGUACCUUCGUCACUGGAUUCUUCGACAAAAACUCGUUCAAAGAGUACCUCGCCGGCUGGGGGAAAAGUGUCGUUGUCGGCAGAGCGCGACUCGGCGGCAUUCCCUUUGGCGCUAUUGCAGUCGAGACGCGGACGACCGAGGCGCGAGUGCCCGCAGACCCCAGCAGCCCCGACUCGCGCGAAAGCGUCAUUAUGCAUGCUGGCCAAGUGUGGUUUCCAGAUUCUGCGUACAAGACGGCGCAAGCGAUCAACGACUUCAAUCGCGGCGAGAACCUGCCUCUCAUCAUCUUUGCGAACUGGCGAGGGUUUUCUGGAGGAACGCGCGACAUGUUUGAGGAGAUUUUGAAAUUUGGAUCUCAAAUUGUCGACGCCCUACGCACCUACAAGCAACCGGUCUUCAUCUACAUUCCGCCCCACGGCGAGUUGCGUGGUGGGUCGUGGGUUGUCGUAGACCCCACCAUCAACUUGCAGAAAAUGGAGAUGUACGCCGACGAAAAUGCUCGCGGCGGAGUUCUCGAGCCUCCCGGUAUUUGCGAAAUCAAAUACCGAGCGGCGGAUCAAAAGGCUCUGAUGCAUCGGGUCGACGACGUAUUGAAAGAACUAGACAGACAACUACAAGACUGCCAGACGGCCAGUGAUGCGAUCGACUUGAAGGAGAAGAUCAAACGGAGAGAAACAGCUCUGGAGCCGCUUUACCUUUCGAUCGCUCGAUUCUACGCGGAUCUGCACGAUCGCCCUGAGCGCAUGAAGGCGCGAGGUGUCAUUUCUUCGGUUGUUAAUUGGAAGAAAUCACGUGCCUUUUUCUACUGGAGAGCAAAACGGCGUCUUCUCCAAGAUGAUCUAGAAGCUCGCAUUCUUGCUGCGGAUCCACGCCUCGACUUCAUGGAGGCGCGAGCAAAGCUGGAAGGCCUGCUGGCGAGCCGUGGAGUCGACAUCUCAAGCGACAAAGCUGCAUGCGAAUUCCUCGACAGCGCUCAAGGCAAGGAGGUGACGCAGGCUAUCGUCGAGCAAAGCCGUCGAGAAGGAGCGAUUGAGAAAAUCAGAUAUAUUCUUUCUUCGUUGCCGGAGAGUGCGCGCCGAGUGACGCUUGAAAGCGCUGCCUCGCCGACCUCGUAA